ACAGCCCCUCGGGAAUCCCGCUGAAUUUGAAGAAGGCUCACUUGGAAACUUUGGAGCACGUACCAUGGAGUCCGAGACUGAGGCAAAAGGGAAAUCCCAGCACAGCUUGAAUUUCCUGAAUAAAAUUAAGAACAUGCAAGAACUAGCGGAAAUGAUUGACGUGGUACUCAUAGCACAAGAGGAGCGAUUCCCUUGUCACCGGCUGGUCCUGGGCGCGUUUAGUCCUUACUUCAAAGCCAUGUUCACCUGCGGGCUCCUGGAAUGUACCCAGAGGGAAGUCGUGCUCCAUGAGAUCACAGCAGAGAGCGUGUCCGUCAUACUGAAGUACAUGUACGAUGCAGCCUUGGAGAUCAGUGACGCCAACGUCCAGACCGUAGCCACCGCUGCCUACUUCAUGCAGAUGGACGACGUCUUCGCCGCGUGUCAGAAAUACAUGAUGGACCACAUAGACGCCUCCAACUGUGUAGGCGUCUAUUACUUCGCCGAGCAGAUGGCAGCUGAAGAGUUAUCCGAUCAAUCGAAAAAGUACGUAUAUCAGCACUUCGCCGAGGUGUGCUUGCACGAUGAAAUCCUGGAGGUCGGAGCGCACGAGCUCCUCAAGCUCAUUGAAUCAGACGAUCUCAACGUUUCCCGAGAGGACAGCGUUCUGGACGUAGUCCUGAGAUGGGUCAAUCAUAACCGGGUGUCGCGCAUGGAGCACCUCGGGGAGCUCCUGAAGCAAGUCAGACUGGAGCUCGUAAACCCUUCUUUUUUAAGACGAGCCGUCAAAGGCAAUAUGAUGCUUCUGUGUGAUGCCGAUUGCAUCCAUAUAAUGCAGGAUGCAUUCAGAGCCAUCAAGUCUCCUCAACGGAACCUUCCACACCUUCGCUACGGCAUGGAGACCACCAGCCUUCUGUUGUGCAUCGGCAGCCGUUCCUCGGGAAUCCAAUCAAGACAGGGGAAGUACGGAGAUGCGAGCUUUUGUUACGAUCCGGUAUCUCAGAAGACCUACUACAUCUCAUCUCCCAAGUGUGGCGAGGGGUUAGGAACCGUGCAGACCGGUGUCGUCAUGGAAAACAACACUAUCAUCGUGGCGGGAGAAGCCAGCGCCUCUAAGCUCAUGGAUUUUCCUUACGAUGAACCUGAUCGAUUAAGCAACAAAAUGUUCCAGUACGACCCCGGCCAAGAUCAAUGGCAAGAGCGAGCGCCCAUGAAGUAUUCCAAGUACCGGUUCAGCACGGCCGUCGUCAACAGCGAGAUUUAUGUCUUGGGGGGAAUUGGCUGCAUAGGUGAGGACAGGGGCCAGAUUCUGCAGUGCCUUCACGUCGUGGAGAUCUACAACGUGGAUUGGGACUUCUGGCGCGAGGGCGCCCCCCUGCCAAGUACCCUCGUGUCACUGCGAACCAGUUCUACCAGCGCAGGAGUGGUGGGCGGCAAGAUCUACGUCUGCGGGGGAUUCCACGGAGCAGAUCGCCAGGAGGUGAUCUCCAAAGAAAUCCUGGAGCUGGACACCUGGGAGAGCGAGUGGAAGGUCGCAGCCGACAACGUCCUCAUGCACGACAGCUACGACGUCUGUCUGGUGGCCAGAAUGAACCCCCGCGACCUCAUCCCGCCUCCUGCAGACCUGAGGGAGGAAGGCGGUGAGCACUGAGCGGGCGUUGCCGGGCCUUCAGCGUGGCGGGGC